AUAAGAAAAUAAAAAAAAACAAAAACAUGCCCCCAUCAACUUUCCUCUCUCUGUCUCCAGCUAUACAAAAAUGGCUUAUUCAGAAAUUAAAAUCAAUUCAUUCAAUAAAAUUUAAUUAGCUAAAUACAUAUUUAUAGAUACGUUUCUUCAUUAAUUGCAUUCUUGGGUCUCUGCAUAUAUUUACAAGACCCGUGUUUUUUCUUUCACAUAAUCUGAAUAAUUUUUUUUAAGGUUCGAUGCUAUAAAGAUGAAACUUUUAUAGCAAGCAACCUUUUCAAGAUUGAAGAAUUUGCUUGUUUUUUUGUUUUGUUCAUUUUUUUUGGUUGAGAAUUUGAAGCCAUUCUGGGAUUUUUAUUUAAAGAAUAAAAAGACAUGAUUUGUUUUUCAUGUUUUUCGUCGAAUGAGAGUACAACAUCCAAAAGGAAAUGUACAAAAAGAAAAGAAACAUCAACAACUGCUGUUCAUCCUCAUAGAGAAAACCUUUCGCCACAACAAGCACAGCCUUGGUCGUCUAAGGCAAAGACGCAUCAUAAUAAGCCACAUUCUCACCCGCCGCAACGACCACAGUCAUCGCAGCCAGAAAAAAUAAGAAAUGUUCCAGCAGAAACCAGGCACCAAAAUUCAUCUAAGAACGAUGAAGAGAACAAAAAUAUUGCAGCUCAAACUUUCACUUAUAGGGAAUUGGCAACAGCUACAAAGAAUUUCCGCCAAGAAUAUCUGAUAGGUGAAGGUGGAUUUGGACGUGUUUAUAAGGGCCGCCUUGACAAAACUGGCCAGGCUGUAGCAGUAAAGCAGCUUGACCGUAAUGGAUUACAAGGAAACAGAGAAUUCCUUGUAGAGGUAUUGAUGUUGAGUCUUUUGCACGAUACAAAUCUUGUAAAUUUGAUUGGAUAUUGUGCUGAUGGAGAUCAAAGACUUCUGGUGUAUGAGUAUAUGCCAUUGGGAGCAUUAGAGGAUCAUCUAUUUGAUCUUCCACCAGAUCGAACUCCACUGGAUUGGUUCACAAGGAUGAAAAUAGCAUUAAAUGCAGCAAAGGGUCUUGAAUAUUUACAUCAUAAAGCCAAUCCACCAGUUAUUUACCGUGAUUUGAAGUCCUCAAAUAUCUUGCUGGAUAAAGAGUUUAAUGCAAAAUUAUCAGACUUUGGUUUAGCCAAACUUGGACCAAUGGGUGAUAAUUCCCAUGUUUCUUCCAGAGUUAUGGGAACUUAUGGUUAUUGUGCUCCAGAAUAUCAAAGAACAGGACAACUUACUGUCAAAUCUGAUGUCUAUAGCUUUGGUGUUGUUUUAUUGGAGCUAAUUACAGGAAAAAGAGCUGUUGAUACUACAAAGAAUGGGCAUGAUCAGAUUUUAGUUGCUUGGGCGGAGCCGAUUUUCAAAGACACAAGUAGAUACACAGAGCUAGCAGAUCCACUUCUAAAAGGAGACUUCCCAAAAAGAAGUUUUAAUCAAGCAGUUGCUAUUGCUGCAAUGUGCCUACAAGAAGAUCCAGCAGUACGUCCACUGAUCAAUGAUGUUGUCACUGCUCUCAGUUUCCUUUGGGCUGAGUCAUCCGAUAACGGAUUCGUUUCGUCAAUAUCUCCUGAUCCAUUACCUGAUCAAGUUUCAGCUGAUAAUGAAGAAAUUAAAACAUCUGCAAAAGAACGCCAAAGAGCAGUUGCAGAAGCCAUAGAAUGGGGUUCAAAUUCAAGAACUCAAAAUGAAAGAUUACCAUAGCAUCUUUAUAUAGUUGGCUUAUGUAAAAUUUUGCGUUAAAACAAUGUCAGUUUAUUGUCAUAAAUUUGACUUGUAAGUGAGUUUGAGUCUGAGACUAUAUAGUGGUCUUAAGUCAUUACUUCAUAUCUCAAAAUUGAUAUUUACUUGAUAUUAUUUUCAGGCGGAGU